AUGGUUACAGUAGCAGUUGCCGGAGGCACCGGUGGCAUGGGCCGCACAAUUGUUGAAGAACUUGUUCGUCAAGGCAAACACCAAGUCUUGAUCCUCAGCCGAAAGGCCAACAAAAUACCAGGCUUUGAGUCCGUACAAGUAAUCGAAGCAGACUACGAGGACGUAGCGUCUAUCAAAGAGUCUUUCAAGAAACACAAUGUCGAGGUUGUCGUAUCUGCGCUGGCUCUUUACACUGAAGCAAAUGCGAAAGCUCAGAUGAACCUCAUCCAAGCAGCAAUCGAUUCUGGUUCAGUAAGGCGCUUUAUGCCUAGCGAGUACGGAAUCAACUACUCUCACCCCGGACUCCCUGAAUUUCACCCUGCAGCGAAAUGGUGGCUGGAUGCUGUUGAUCUACUCCGCACUUCUCAUCUCGACUUCACGCGUGUCAUGUUCGGCUGGCUCUCAGAUUAUUUUGGCAUGCCCUAUUGCAAGAGUAACGUGAAGCCCUUUAAAUAUGCCUUGGACUUUGACAAUCGGAAAGCGGCACUCCCGGGCGACGGCGAGGCGUCGGUUACGUUCUUACAUUCGACGGAUGUUGCAAAGUACAUCGCUGCUUUACUGGACGAGGAGAAGAGAUGGCCCGAGUUCAGCGCUUUUGCUAGCGAUAAGUUGACGUGGAAUGAAGUCGUGGGGAUUGCGGAGAGGAUUACCGGUGCCAAAUGGGAAGUCACCUAUGACCCCAUUGACAAGCUAGAGCAGGGUCAAGCGACGCUAUUGGAGCAACCGGAGGACUCUUACGAGCUUCCUGAAGACGUCACUCGCGCUAUGGUGGCUGAGUGGGGUGUCAUGGCUGUAAAAGGAGUUAUGGACAUCACAAGAGAGGGCUUGAGAAACGAUGUCUUCCCUGACGUACAUCCCAUCACGGUAGAGGCGUUGAUGCAAAAGGCCUGGGGAAGCAGAUGA